CUUUACGUUAAUCUGUGACCACAAAUAUCGUUUCGUUACUUCAAGACGUCAAAGCUAAAUUUGUCGAUUCUUAUUUAUUGGAUAUAACUCAAUAACCUAUCUACUAUUUAAUAUUAUAAGUAACAACAGUUCGAUAACCGUCCUUAUAUAUUUAAUCAUGCCACGUGGAAAAUAUACCAAUCACAAGGGGCGCAAUCGUAAGUUUACCAGCCCUGAGGAGUUAGAAGAGCAAAGAAAGCAGGAAGAACUGAAACAAAAGUGGAGAAAGGAACAUGGGGAUGAAAGCUCUAGUGAAGAAGAGUCAGAAGGGAACAAAUCUGGAUCUGAUGACAGUGAUGACAGUGAUUCAGAUGAAGAUCACCCCACCAAAGCAAAAGGAGUUUCAGGCCUCAUUGAAGUAGAAAAUCCUAAUCGAGUAGUAAAGAAAAACAAAAAGCUAUCUAAUUUAAAUAGUCUUCCUGAGGGCGAGAAGCCUCAACUGUCAAGGCGUGAACGAGAAGAAAUAGAGCGUCAACGAGCAGCGGCCGCUUACCAGAAGGCGCACGCUGAGGGAAAGACUGACCAGGCCCGAGCAGAUCUCGCUAGGCUUGCAAUUAUUCGACAGCAGCGAGAAGAGGCGGCCAAGAGACGCGAAGCUGAAAAGAAAGCUAAAGAAGAGACGACGACUAAGAAAAAGUAGAUAAAUACUCAACAUUAGUCUAUAACAGGAAUGCCAUUUACGUUAUAUUUGGCGACUUUCAAAUUCAUUAUAAUCGUCUCGGAUCCAUUAUCUAUGUGAUAUUUGUUUCAAAUGAUAAAAUUGAUUAAAGCAAUAAUUUAGACGAAAUAAAUUAAAGCUUCAAUUAUUUGAAAAAAAAAAAUCCUCGUCCAUAUAAAUUACUGCCGUUUUCUGUCGACAUAACAAAUA